UUGUAAAAUUGAUGUGACUGGCUUGCAGGGAUGGGGAUGAAAGCCUCCCCUUCAAGGGCAGCAGCAAGAGGCAAAGAGAAAAUGGUGCGUGGCCCCGGCUCCGGCUCCGGGACAUCAGGCCCUUCCGGGGCACAGCCCAGGCCCACGGUGUGCCAACCAGGUGCUUUCUCCACCCCUCAGCCCCGAGGCCUCCACCCACUGUCUCCCUCACCAAGCCCCGCCUGUCCCAGCCAAGGAGUCAGGUUCGAUGGGGAGGUCCCCCCAGCUUUCUUCUCUCAGACAGUGGAGCCGGUGGCAUCGGAGGGCACAGGAGCUGCGUCUUCCAUGAGCGACAGCCCAAGUGAAACGGGCUCAGAGGCAAGAGCCAACCCUCGUUCUUCUCUCUCGUGAAGGCCUCCGUGGAGAGCUCACCCUCAGGAGCUUGAGAAAACCAGGCAUUCAUUUUCUCGGGCUGCCGUAACAAACUCCCAUGGACUGAGUGACUUCAACAGCAGAAAUCUAUUUUCUCCCAGCUCUGGAGGCUGGAAGCCUGAGAUCAAGCAGUCGGCAGGGGUCCAUGGGUACAAGGGAGUCAAGUUCCAGAACUGGGCUAGGACCUAUGGCUGUUGCCCAGAAAUGUACUACCAGCCCACGUCUGUGGAGGAGGUCAGAGAGGUGCUGGCCCUGGCCAGGCAGCAGAACAAGCGGGUGAAGGUGGUGGGCGGCGGCCACUCACCCUCAGACAUCGCCUGCACCGAUGGCUUCAUGAUCCACAUGGGCAAGAUGAACCGUGUUCUCCAGGUGGACACAGAGAAGAAGCAGGUGACUGUGGAGGCUGGCAUCCUCCUGGCUGACCUGCACCCACAGCUGGGCAAGCAUGGCCUGGCCUUGUCCAAUCUGGGAGCUGUGUCAGACGUGACUGCAGGGGGCGUCAUUGGGUCUGGAACGCACAACACGGGCAUCAAACAUGGCAUCCUAGCCACCCAGGUGGUGGCGCUGACCCUCCUGACGGCCGAUGGGACCAUUCUUGAGUGCUCUGAGGCCAGCAACGCGGAGGUGUUCCAGGCCGCGCGGGUACACCUGGGCUGCCUGGGAGUCGUCCUCACCAUCACCCUGCAGUGUGUGCCUCAGUUCCACCUGCAGGAGAUCUCCUUCCCCUCAACCCUGGACGAGGUUCUUGACAACCUGGACAGCCACCUGAAGAAAUCCGAAUACUUCCGCUUCCUCUGGUUCCCGCACAGCGAGAACGUCAGCGUCAUCUACCAGGACCAUACCAACAAGCCCCCCUCCUCUUCAGCCAACUGGUUUUGGGACUAUGCCAUCGGAUUCUAUUUACUGGAGUUCCUGCUCUGGAUCAGCUCCUUCCUGCCAGGCCUCGUGGGCUGGAUCAAUCGCUUCUUCUUCUGGCUCCUGUUCACGGGGAAGAGGGAGAGCAGCAACCUCAGCCAUGAGAUCUUCACCUAUGAGUGCCGCUUCAAGCAGCAUGUCCAGGACUGGGCCAUCCCCAGGGAGAAGACCAAGGAGGCGCUGCUGGAGCUGAAGGCCGUGCUGGAGAGCCACCCCAAGAUGGUGGCCCACUUCCCCGUGGAGGUGCGCUUCACGCGGGGGGAUGACAUCCUGCUGAGCCCCUGCUUCCAGAGGGACAGCUGCUACAUGAACAUCAUCAUGUACAGGCCCUAUGGCAAGGACAUACCACGGCUGGAUUACUGGCUGGCCUACGAGACCAUCAUGAAGAAGGUCGGGGGCAGGCCCCACUGGGCCAAGGCCCACAACUGUACCCGGAAGGACUUUGAGAAAAUGUACCCAGCCUUUUCAAAGUUCUGUGCCAUCCGAGAAAAGCUGGACCCCACCGGGAUGUUCCUGAAUGCGUAUCUGGAGAAGGUGUUCUACUGAGGCGGGAACAGAAUACAUGGAGCCCACCCCAUCCCACCCCUCAGGCCCACCUCCAGGAGGUGAAGGCCCAAUGUCCCACUGGCCCAAUGGGGAGCAGACCUCUUUCCGCGGGCCCUCUGCCGCGGCACCCACAGCCAACAACCCCAUGCAAGGAACGUCCAAAUCUCCAAUUACAUCUCCCUGCAGCAACCCCCUCCCCUGAACCUGCAGUCACCACAGUCUGUCUUCUCAGGAUAUAAAGAACCCCCGAAAUGUUAUAUUUCUUUAAGAGGACAGGGCUCUGGUCAUUCACAACUUCCACCUCCUGGUACGUGUCUGUAACUCCGGCCCCAUUAAUGUGUGUCUGGGCACAGCAGUCCUGGGUACUUUCACCCUCGAGGGUUUUUCAGGUGCUCAGGUGAGUGCCCACCUGCCCUGGGACUGCCCUCUCCCCGAGUGUCCCCGUCCCCCUGACCUCCCAUCACCUGACCUUCAAGCAUGUCUAUUCCAGCAGAUGUUUGGGGAGUGGGCCUCUCCUUGCCUUCUUUUAAAUAAAGACCAAGAACUGAGUCA